UUACCUUUUGUUCCUCUCGGAAAUCUGCAGCGCAGACUGCUUCAGCAUGGGGAGAGGAGUGCUGGGAGUUGGUGCAUGAUGUGAAAUAUCCACCCUUGCCUUGAGAUGAAAAAUCUGCCCCUGAUACCUCCUGCCCCACCUGAAAUUCCCAGGGCAGUGAGGAAUAAGAAGGAGAAGGAGCGCCAUGGGGAGCCAGGGGGACUGCAGUGUCAGGGUUGCGCUGAGGAUUCGACCACAGAGCAGUAAGGAGCAGACUGAAGGAUGCCGUAUAUGUACAUGGGUUUAUGCUGGAGAGCCACAGGUGCUUUUGGGUAAAGACAAAGCCUUCACAUAUGAUUUUGUGUUUGAUAUGGACACAGACCAAAUCCAAGUCUAUGAGACUUGUGUACGUGGGCUGGUAGAAGGUUGUUUUCAAGGCUACAAUGCUACUGUGCUGGCCUAUGGACAGACUGGUGCUGGUAAAACACAUACAAUGGGUAGUGGAUUUGAUCUUGUGGUAACUGAGGAAGAACUGGGGAUCAUCCCACGUGCUGUGCGUCAGCUUUUCAGCACCAUACAAGAGCACAAAGCUUCUGCUUAUGAGAGAGGACUGCCAGAGCCCAGCUUUAAAGUUAGUGCACAAUUCUUAGAACUCUAUAAUGAGGAAAUCUUGGAUCUAUUUGAUGUAUCCCGUGAUCCUGACUCUCGCUAUCGGAAAUCUAAUAUUCGGAUCCACGAGGAUGCUAGCGGAGGGAUCUAUGUUAGUGGUGCCAGCAUUCGCAGUGUCAGCUCAGAAGGAGAGCUACUACAGCUUCUAAAGGAGGGUGCUCUUUCUAGAACUACAGCCAGUACCCAGAUGAAUUCCCAGAGUUCACGGUCACAUGCUAUCUUCUCAGUCCAUCUCCAACAAACACGUGUUUCUGAGACUUGCUCGAAGGACAGUUCUUCUUUGGAGUAUGAGACUUUGACUGCUAAAUUUCACUUUGUGGACCUGGCAGGAUCUGAGCGCCUCAAGCGUACAGGAGCAACUGGAGAGAGAGCAAGAGAAGGGAUCUCUAUAAAUUGUGGCCUUCUGGCACUUGGGAAUGUAAUCAGUGCUCUUGGAGAUCAAAGUAAGAAGGUUCUUCAUGUUCCAUACAGAGAUUCAAAACUGACUCGACUACUGCAGGAUUCAUUAGGUGGUAACAGUCAAACCAUGAUGAUUGCUUGCGUUUCUCCAUCUGAUCGUGAUUUCAUGGAAACCUUAAACACUCUAAAGUAUGCAAAUCGUGCACGAAACAUUAAGAAUCGUGUAACAGCCAAUCAGGAGCAGAGUGGACAGCAAGUACAGGCUCUUCGGGCAGAACUAGCCAGAGUAAAGUUGGAAUUACAAGAGUACAAGACAGGUCAUCGAGUUGCUGGUAAUGAUAGCUUAAGCGAUAUGUGUCAGGAGCUGUCUAUGUUACGUAGUGAGAAUGCAUCAUUGCGGCUUCGUGUUACUGCCCUACAAGAGGCUAUUAGAGCUAUCAAUGCUCGUGUCACUCGUAUGGCUGGACAAGAAGCUGCACACUUGGUGCAGCGAGCUGGUGAUAGUAAUGAAGAAAUACAAACUCUCAUACAGAACUAUAUCCAUGAAAUAGAAGAACUCAGAACCCGUCUGGUAGAAAGUGAAGCAAUGAAUGAAUCUCUCAGACGCAGUUUGUCCCGUUCAACUGCACGCUCAUUGGUAACAGGACCUGCAACCCCUACCCCAUCAUUAGAAAAGGAGGCCAAUGAAGUUGUUCGAAGAGCAAAAGAAGAAGUACAGAAUUUGAAAAAGAAAGGAAGUUCAUUACAGUCUGAUAACUACAAAAAGAGCUUGAAACAACAACUGCAAAUCAGUGAAGAGACAGAUUAUAAUGAAGGAGAAGAGGAGGAUGACCAUGAAGAAAGUGAAUGCGAUGAAGAGGAAAGUGAGGGAAGUGGGGAGAGUGAGGCAGAGUCAGACUCAGAACCCGAAGAGAAAGGGUUGGGCUGUUGGGACGCAGGGAAAAAAUCCAGUGGGCCCCUGUCCUUGUGGGCCCCUCUGACCCAAGCCGGAUCCCUGCAAGCGCCCCCACCCAGUCAGCCCUCACCCAGUUUGCCAUUCUGCAUGGAGGAAGGCUCACUUGGAGGAGACCUUGCUGACUUGACUUGUGAGAUUGAAAUUAAGCAGCGUCUGAUUGAGGAGUUAGAGCAAAGUCAGCGGAGACUACAAACACUCAAACUUCAGUAUGAGGAAAAAUUGCAGCAACUCCAGAGUCGGAUUCGUGAUACACAGCUGGAAAGGGACCGAGUGCUACGGGAACUUAGCUCCAUGGAGUGUUACACAGAGGAAAAGGCUAACAAGAUCCGUGCUGAUUAUGAGAAAAAGCUUCGGGAAAUGAAUCGAGACUUGCAGAAGCUGCAGUUGGCUCAGAGAGAGCAUACACGACUCCUUAAAAAUCAGUCCCGUUAUGAACGUGAACUUAAGAAAUUGCAGAUGGAACUAAGUGAUAUGAAGAAGGCCAAAUCAGCUCUAAUGAAGCAGAUGCGGGAAGAACAGCAGCUCAGAAAACUUGCAGAAUCUAGAAGGAACAAAGAAAUAGCUCAGCUGAAGAAGGAGCACCAUAGACAAGAGCUUCACAUUAGAGCUUUGGAGUCCCAGAAGAGACAGCAAGAGAUAGUGCUGAGACGCAAGACCCAAGAGGUUUCUGCUCUGCGGCGUCUCUCUAGGCGACAAACUGAUCGAUCUGGGGGACGAAGCCACUCUGUUGCAGACUCUGGAGCAGAGUUGUCCACAAGCACAGCAUCUUCAGAACCAGAUAGUUCUUUACGUUCUGUGUCCAGUAUUGUCCGUCAUUGGAACCGAAAGACAAGUGGAGACGUUGGGCCAGUGCCCAAUGGGAGUCGUACACCAAGAAGGAAAGGGGUACGUCCAGGCCUACCACUCAGUAAGGCUGCUCACAUGAAGUGGCAAACUCUGGAGAGAAGGGUUCAUGAAGUCGUCCUACAGAGACUUACGCUUCUUAACUUAGAAAGCGAUAUGGAAAGACUGUUGCGGAAACGUGAGGAGCUGUCACUUCUGCAGGAAGCUUUGAUAAGUCGUUCCAUAGCUCUCCCAGAAGACAGGAAAGCAGAGGAAAAGUCACAGCAGGAUGUUGCCGAAGAACUGGAAGCUUUGACAGCCAAUAUUGAUUAUGUUAAUGACUGCAUUCGAGAAUGCCAGGCUACCAUUGUUCAGAUGGAGGAAACAAAGGAGGAUCUAGACUCAACAGACACCUCAGUUGUGAUCAGUUCUUGUUCUCUAACUGAGGCACGACAUCUUCUUGAUAAUUUCCUGAGAGCCUCAAUAGAUAAGGGCCUGCAAGUAGCUCAGAAAGAAGCCCAGAUACGGAUUCUGGAAGCCCGGAUUCGGCAAACUGACAUGGCUGGCCUGUCACAGGCACACAUGCUGCUGGAGAAAUCAGAGUGCCAUUCUGUGCAGCAGGCAGAAAACGGGUAUGCUAGCACAGAUGAAGAGGUGUCAGAAAUUAGCCAGACUUCUGAUGGAAGUGCUUCUUUCUCCUCCAUGAAAGGAUCCUGCAGUCAAGAUGACUUUAAGUGGAAGGGGGAACCACGGCUUUCAUGGCAAGUGAAGGCCGUGUCUGCUGAGUCUUUGAGUCCGCUGCUUGAAGCUUCCACUAGAAACAUCACCAAAUCCUUAGCAUCAUUAACUGACAUCCUAGAAGAUGUUGGGGGAUUCUCUCCGAGUGGUUUGCGGGGCAGAGCAUCACACAGCCUUACUCUUCCAAUACGUGGUAAUACAUUUCCGAGACAAUCCAGAGGUUUCAACACAUCCCCUGUGACACGCAGAAAAUCAUAUGACAGAGGACAGCCAAGGGCUUCAGACUCAAACCUAACACCUCCAUCAUCUCCCCCUAUGCGCCCUCGUAAUGAUAAAAAUGUCUUUUCUCGGCUAACAAGCAGUCAGAGUUCAGGCACUGCACUGGAUAAGUCUGAUGAGAGUGACAGCUCUUUCUCAGAUGUCUCCAGGGGCAUAAUAAGUCAAUUUGGAGGGCUAAAGAGCAUGAGGACAGCUCCUUUGCAGUGUGUUGCAAUUGCUGAGGGACAUACAAAGCCAGUUCUUUGUGUUGAAGCUACAGAUGAGCUCCUCUUUACAGGAUCUAAAGAUCGCACAUGCAAACUCUGGAAUCUGGUAACAGGGCAGGAAAUUGCAUCCCUUCGCAACCAUCCCCAUAACGUUGUAUCUCUGAAACAUUGCCCAAACUCUGGGCUAGUUCUCACAGCAUCUGCUUCUUGUGUGCGAGUAUGGGAUAUCCGUGACAGUGCUCGCUGUGUGAGGACAUUGUUGUCAUCAGGCCAGGUAAUGUCAGGAGAUAUCUGCUCUGGGCUAGGUUUCCGCUCAGGAAGCAGCACUCAGGCAGAGUUGCAAAUUAAUCAAAUAACUUUAAAUCCUGAUGGCACAAUCCUCUAUGCAGCAGCCGGCAAUGCAGUGAGAGCUUGGGACCUAAGCAGGUUUCAACCCAUUGGAAAGCUAACAGGACACAUGGCUCCAGUCAUGUGUCUUACAGUGAGCAACACACAAAACGGACGAGAUCUUGUUAUCACAGGAUCUAAAGAUCACUAUGUCAAGAUAUUUGAACUCCAUUCUGGAUGGGGAGGGGCAGUUCCCCCCACUUAUAACCUGGAACCUCCUCAUUACGAUGGUAUUGAGUGCUUGGCUGUACAGAAUGGGAUCCUUUGCAGUGGCUCUCGAGAUAAUGGAAUCAAAAAGUGGGAUCUACAGCAACAUGAGCUCACUCAGCAAGUGCCAAAUGCACACAGAGACUGGAUUUGUGCUUUAGGAUUUGUACCGGGACGUUCAAUGUUGCUUAGUGGAUGUCGUGGUGGCAUUCUAAAGGUUUGGAACAUGGAGAACUUUACACCUAUUGGGGAGAUCAAAGGCCACGAAAGCCCCAUUAAUGCGAUGUGUUCUAAUAGCCGUCACAUCUUCACUGCAUCUAGUGACUGCCGAGUCAAGCUAUGGGUUUAUGUUCCUGGUCUUACUCCAUGUCUCCCUCGACGUGUUCUGGCAAUCAAGGGCCGUGCCACUAGCCUUCCAUAACUUUCCAUUUAUUUUUCACCUUUAACUUUCAUCCCCUAUUGCUAACAUUUCCUCAUUUGCAUUUCAAUUAUGAGACACUCACCCCUGUAUAAAAGGAAAGACAUUCAAGGUGAGAUAUGUUAAAAAAAAGACUGCACUGUCUCACUGGCUUUAACAAAAAGGUUUAGUUACUUGUCCUGACAUCUACUGUUGCAGUGACUUCACAGUGAAAAUGUGGAGUAGAAGAGGAAGAAGUAUUGUUGGCAUUACGUGAAUUCUACGCUGGAAAAGACCUGGAAAAAGAACGAAUAGAUGAAGCACACAGAACUGGAUGAUUUACAGAACUAAUGGAUGCAUAUACCUAAUUUCUCUCUAUCAUAAGUUCUGUUUCUAAGCAUCCUGGAACUACCUCUUCAGAAAACAGUAAUUGCCUAAGAUUAUUUGCCUACUUCUCAUGGUAUGGCAUAGACCAUUAUCAGAAAGCUAUGGUUCAAGAGAGGAUUGGUGGUUGCGUUAAAAGGGGUGAGUUUAGAGCUCCAUUGCCCAUUGACAUUCACCCCGUACUUGAGAGCAUGCUACUUUACUAUCAGAUCAAAAAAUGACAACCCUUCUCCUCUAAAUUUAUUAAAACUGCACAAGUAACACUUCUGCCAGAUGUCCAAUGAAUCCCAUGAUUAAUAUAAACUACAUUGUAUCAGCUUAAAAUAAAAUCAAAGGUGCUACUUUUUACAGUCAGUGGGGCAAAUAAAUGAUGUACUGUUUUUUGCAGUAGUUACAAAUUGAAGGAAGGAGUUUAUUAUGGGCCAGGACAAAGCAAAUGUAUCCCUGAAAUAGCUACCUCUUGAACUUCACAUUAAUUUAAUGCCAUAUAUACUACUUUCCAGUUUGCUUUGCGUGCAGGGGUUAAAUGAAACUGGCAGUAAGGCAUCACGUAUAUGAAGUGUGAAAUGUCUAAAGCACAAGCAAGCACCAAGUGUUAAAUCUAAUGUAUUAUUAAAGCUGGAACUUGUUCCCAGAUUUAA